GUGAAAGCCAAUUAAAGUGGUUGCAACGGAAGUUGCAUCACACCUUGCCACUUGGUGUAGCACCCACAAAAACAACAACAUCUACAACAUGUAUUACGCCGUGAUCUUCUUUGCCGCAAUUGUGCUGCUCUUUCUACUAAGCGGAGCUCGAAAGCCGGAAAAGUUUCCGCCAGGUCCACGCUGGUAUCCGAUUUUUGGCAGCGCUCUGCAGAUCUCGCAGUUGCGCAUGCGCCUGGGAAUGUUCUGCAAGGUGAUUGAUGAGCUCUCUAGGCGUUAUAUGAACUCCUAUGGCUUUUUUGGGUUGAAGAUUGGCAAGGAUAAAGUAGUGAUAGCGUAUACCAACGAGGCCAUUAGUGAGAUGAUGACGAAUGAGGACAUUGACGGUCGUCCUGAUGGCAUCUUUUACCGUCUGCGCACCUUCAACUCUCGUCUGGGCGUGCUCCUCACCGAUGGGGAUAUGUGGGUGGAGCAGCGUCGUUUUAUUUUGCGACAUCUAAAGAAUUUUGGGUUCGCCCGCAGCGGCAUGAUGGAUAUUGUGCAUAAUGAAGCAAGUUGCCUGUUGCAAGAUCUUAGGACACGUGUAACCGCAGCUGGUGGCAAGCAGACAAGGAUUGAGAUGCAUGAUCUGACCAGCGUUUAUGUGUUGAACACACUGUGGUGCAUGUUGAGUGGACAACGCUAUGAGCCGGGCUCACCAGAGAUAACCGAACUACUGGAGACGUUCUUCGAGCUCUUCAAGAAUAUCGACAUGGUGGGUGCACUCUUUAGUCACUUUCCUCUGCUACGCUUCAUUGCACCCGACUACUCCGGCUACAAUGGAUUCGUGGAGAGCCAUCGUGCACUCUACGCUUUUAUGGGCAAGGAAAUUGAACUGCAUCGAAGCACGUAUCGCAAUUAUGAUGAGCCCCGUGAUCUGAUGGACAGCUAUUUGAGGGCCCAGGAGACCAGCGAUAGUGCCAUGUUCAGCGAUGAGAGUCUGUUGGCCAUAUGCCUGGACAUGUUUCUUGCCGGCUCCGAAACGACCAACAAAAGUCUGGGCUUCUGUUUCAUGCACUUGGUGCGACAGCCAGAGAUCCAGGAGCGUGCCUAUGCUGAGAUCAAGGAGGUGGUGGGCUUGGAACGCAUACCCCAGUGGUCGGAUCGUGCCAAGCUGCCGUAUUGUGAGGCAAUUACAAUGGAGGCGGUGCGUAUGUUCAUGUUGCACACCUUUGGCAUUCCACAUCGUGCCAUGUGCGACACUCGCUUGUCUGGUUAUGAGAUUCCCAAGGAUACCAUGGUGAUUGCCUGCUUCCGAGGCAUGCUCAUUAAUUCCGUGAACUUCCCGGAACCGGAAACAUUUGAUCCGACACGCUAUCUAAUCGAUGGACAAAUUAAAUUGCCAGAAGCCUUCAAUCCGUUUGGUUUUGGACGACAUCGGUGCAUGGGCGAUUUGCUGGGACGUCAGAAUUUAUUUAUGUUUACCACAACGUUGUUGCAGCACUUCAAGUUGGUUGCCAUUCCAGGCCAGAUGCCAGAGGAGGUGCCUCUAGAGGGAGCCACGGCGGCAGUCAAGCCAUAUGAUGCAAUGUUGGUGUCUAGAUUGACAUAGAAGGCUUAGCAACUCAAAUAUUUCAAUUCGAAAUACAACCGAAAUAGGGUUGUUGAUAAAAUAUUUAUAUAUCGAUCUAUAUUUUCAUCAAUAUUUUUCUGACUAUCAUAUCACCAAGCUUAGUGAUCAUCGUGCACUUAUUUUAGCAACUGCUUUCUACAUUUGCUGCCACUUUAUAUUGUUUGUGAAACAUGGAGAUAAAAACCUAUUUUAAGAAAAUUAAUGACUUCACUACAUGUACAGGUACCUACAUGUUAAUAUCAUCGAUAAUAUCCAUCUAUAUUUUUUUGUCAAAAUAUCAAUAAAUAUUUGGGGUAUUCCUAAAAACAGA